AAAAUCCCCCUAUCUCCGUCAGCCAUCUGCCCUCGUACCUGAGCCAGGAUCUGUCCUCUCCGUGGGACACGCCUCUCCUGCAGGCAGAGUGUGCCGCUCGCAUGCGAUGGUGUUGUCAGGAGUUUUCUGGACUUGGUUCUGUUACUUCUUUAUGUUUUUCUUUUUUUGCCCUUGUCGAAUUCUGAGCUAUGCAAACUUGUGAGAAGUUGUUCACGCUGUUGUUGCUUGACCUGAGAAGUACAUGUUUGCUUGAUCCUUUUCCACGGAUUUAAACUCAACCAGGGAUUUAACAUGAGCGUUGCGUCCUGGAAGUGUGUUUUCUAUUCUCUUCUACUUAGUUUUGUUAUCAUAUUUGUGGACAUAAAGACAGGUGCAACGCUGGAAGGUUCCUCUAUGGGAGACCUGAGGCUGCCUUACAGUCAGGAACCUGUGGCGUUUCCACACAUCGUUCGAGUUUCUGAAGUCAGAAGAUCCCAUGAAGGCCACGCCGCUCUAUCACGACGGAAACGAAACAUCCUCCUCCCCAGUGGGGUCAAACUGUGUGCUCAGGAAAGCGCUCAGCAGGUUGUCGCAAACCAUGUGAGCUACUUUCAUCUCAGAGUUUGCCAGGAGACCAUAUGGGAGGCGUUCAAGAUCUUCUGGGACCGACUUCCAGGACAGGACGAGUACCAGAACUGGAUGAGCCGGUGCCAGGAAGGCGCCAUAACGGCACAGGACAUCGGCAGCUACUUCAGCCGGUCGGAGGAGCACCAGGCUCUGGUUAAAAAGAGAAUGUCGCCGCCAGGCUCUAAAAGUGAGCCCACCAGGUCCUGGCAACAUAUGUGCAGCAUUCCGACACCAGACACCUCUGAAGCUGUGAAGGCUCCUGAUCUGGCAGCCAAAGAAGAGGAGGCGGAGAAGGCGGCCCCCAUUGUCCCGAAAGUGGAGGAGAGUGUGCUGGACAACGACAUCGCGGCGCCGCCUCCGACGCCUGCGGCGCUGGAGCAGGUGGUGGAGCUGAGCAUCCUCCUGGUGGGAGAGCUUUACAGCGACGACCUGGAGGACCCGGCCAGCGUCCACUACCAGGCGCUCAGCAGGCGGCUGGCUGAAAAGAUAGAGGAGGCUCUGGAGGGGCUUCUUGGAUUCAAGAGUGUGUCUGUGCUGGACUUCAGGCCCUCGAAAGACGCCCAGGGGCUGGACGGCGUGGUGGUGGACUGUGCCGUCACCGUGGUGGUGGACGCCUCCGGGGUGAGCACGGAGCAGCUGGACUACCUGAUCCUGCAGUCGCACCAGGUGGAGGUCCAGGUCACGGCGCUGCCGACGCCGGAGGCCCCGCGCGGCGCGUCUGAGAUCCCUGGAGCUGUCAGCGCUGCAGAUGGACCAACGCCUCCUGGAAGCCACGUGGCGACGAUGGCAGAGAAUGAGGUCAUCGUUCUGGAGGAGAGCACCGUUGCAGCUCCUGCUCCUGUCCUGAUCACCGACGCCCCUGAAGCUGGCACAGGCUUUGAAGAGGAGGGCCUGCUGCUGGAGGACACCGCGCAGACUCCUGCUGUAGAAAACGUCCUCCCCGAAGAACGUCCAGCAGAACCUCCCUCCCCUGAGCUGCCAGACGACCUCACGCUGCCUGAGCCGCCGGUGCAGGUCGAGGCCUCGGGCUCCGGCACGGACGACCUGGAGGACCCGCGUCAGCCGACCCCGGCCGCAGCAGAGGAGGACGUCCCUCCGGAGGAGAGUGGGCCGGUGGCAGAAGACGUCCACACCGACGCAGCGGCUGCAUCUGAGGCCGAAGCGAACGGCUUGCCUGCUCCAGUCCAGCCUCCAGAGGCCGUAGAUGCAGCGAGUGAAGCGUCAGAGCCAGACGUGGCAGGAAUAACUCUUACUGUUGAUGAGGAGACGGCUGGAGACUCAAACCUGUCAGAUGUUCCGCCUGCAGAUGAGGACGAAGCACAGAUAAACCUGAUUCUUCCAUCUGAAAAUGUUGAUGAAUCCCUAUUUGAAGAAGGUGUGCAGGAAACAGCAAAGCCUGAAGAGGCAGAAGCUCCUGGAGUUCCUGCUGUGGGGAACGAGGCCACGCAUCCGCCAGCGAUCUCAACAGAGGAUCUCACGGAGGACAAGAUCCUACUUGUGAACACGGAGGAACCCGAACCACCCGUGGCAGAUUCUGUGGGCCCGACCCAACCCAGCACCGGGUCUCCGGAGAAGCCUGUCACUCGCGUCUCUGAUGCUGGCCUCGUGUCCGAGGGCGGACUGGACGUCAUCAUGCCUUCGGUGGUGGAGAUCCAGACCACUAACGAAGGCCUGGACGACUCCAGCACUGCAGACCAGGGCUUCGAUGGGAUUCAGUACGGUUACGGCUUCAUUAACCACACAGAGGAGGGCAGCACCGGAUUCCCCGUUGGCGUGGCCCAUGGCACAGACCAGGCCAGCAUCGCCAUGCCCGUGAACCCUGGUCGAGCACUGAUGGUGUUCUUCAGCCUGAGGGUCACCAACAUGAUCUUCUCGGACGACCUGUUUAACAAGAGCUCUCCAGAGUACAAAGCUCUGGAGCAGCGCUUUCUGGAGCUGCUUGUGCCCUACCUGCAGUCCAACCUGAGCCACUUUGAGAACCUGGAGAUUCUGAACUUCAGGAACGGGAGCAUCGUGGUCAACAGCCGGAUGAAGUUUGGGAAGCCGGUGGCCCGCGGCGUUACCACCACAGUCUACCUGAUCCUGGAGGACUUCUGCAACACGGCUUACCAGACCAUGAACCUGGCCAUCGACAAGUACUCACUGGAUGUGGAGUCAGGCGACCAGGCCGACCCGUGUAAGUUCCAGGCCUGCAACGAGUACGCCGAGUGUAAAGUCAACAAGUGGACGGGGGAGGCUGAGUGCGUGUGCAACGCCGGCUACUUUAGCGUGGAUGGCCUGCCCUGCCAGAGCAUCUGCGAGCUGCAGACGGACUUCUGCCUGAACGACGGCAAAUGUGACAUCAUCCCCGGCCAGGGAGCCAUCUGCAGGUGUCGGGUCGGGGAGAACUGGUGGUACCGAGGGGAGCACUGCGAGGAGUACGUGUCCGAGCCGCUGGUGGUCGGCAUAGCCAUCACGUCGGUGGCGGGCUUCCUGUUGGUGGCCUCGGGGGUGAUCUUCUUCCUCGCUCGGACGCUACGGGACCAGUACGACAAGGAUGAGUCUGAGGACCCCAUACGGCGAGCAGAGAGCCUCCCAUCGCUGGAGAGAGCCACCAAAUACAACCCCAUGUACGAGAGCGAGGCCACCACAGGCUACAGCCACUACUACCGCCGCUACCCCGAGCCUCCCGUCUACAGCAGCGCCAGCGCCGAGGCCUCCACCGACUUCAGCAGCGAGGAGAUUCGGCACAUCUACGAGAACAGCGAACUGACCAAGGAGGAAAUCCAAGACCGGAUACGCAUCAUUGAACUCUACGCUAAGGACCGGCAGUUUGCAGACUUUGUGCGGCAGCAUCAGUCGGUCCUGGACACUCGCAGAGACAGUUCUUCUAUACAGACAUAAAAGCACAACAAGGUAUUUCCACUUCAUCUAACGUCCGUACUCCAGUCAUAGAACAAUAAAUCUAGUUCAAUAGAAACAGAGAACCUGCCAGGUGCUUUUGAUGAUGCGGUGGACAAGGAUCAGCACGACACGCCUGGAGCUGCACAGUGACAGGAGUGUGUUCUCACGCCUGUCCAUCAUUUAGCUGGUGUCGCACCUACACGCACGUCACUCCUUCGUUUGAGGUGAGAGGCGAAGGAGCGGAGGAACACGUCCAGUUGAUGUUUUACAGAGGCUCACGUGUGCGUCUCCAUUUGCCAACAGCACUUAGCAGGAAACCUCUGGAGACGGCAGGAAGUUACUGGUGAAGCCAAGAAAAGGUCCAGAGCAUAAAUCUCCUAAGAUGAUGAAUUGUUGUUUUCAUGUUUUAGUUUUUGUGUGGAUUGGUUUCUUUUGGACACGGGCUCAGUGUUUCCUGCUUUCUCCAUUCUGUAGCUACGAGCUCCAGUUUCUUAGUGGUAUUAACCUUUCAUCUAACUUCAUCUUUCCCAAAAUGCUUAACUCGUCCUUUAAAGCUUGGGUCGCUAAUAUAGAGAACAAGGUGUAAAUUCAGUCAAAUUUGAUCCAUUGUCUGUUUCACAGUUACAGAGGUGAAGGUUCCUCCUGUCUGCGGUUCCCUCCGUCUGGACCACACUGCCGUCGACUCUUCUUCCAUCUUCCUUUGUGCCUUUUCUUGACUGAGCCAGCCGGGACAUCAGGGGACGAGCUUGAUGCCCGCGUGCUGGACGUCUCCCUUUGGGAAAACCCUGGACCGCAUCCUGCUACUUGAAACGUUGCCAGACACACACUAAUAUAGCACAAUAAUCAGAUUUGCUUCAUCGCGUCACAUCUGUCCACUCUUAAAGGGGAGAAUUUGAAGCUGUAAAUGUGUAUAAUGUGACCGUUAGCAAGUAGAAAGUCUGCUCUGCUGUUGUGUAGUCAUGGUGCUAUCAUUAAAAUAGACCUGCAAAGUGAUGAUCUUUUACAGUUUUAAACCACUUUUGGCAAAAAGUAAUCUUGGUACAUUUUAUAUAUUUUGGUCCAUAGAUUAUUUCCCUGCUGGUGGAGAAUUAGAUGAGACGGUCGAACUCCUAUGCCAGAGAGUGAUAUUAUAGCUGGAGCCAGCAGCCAUUAGUCCAGAGACUAACCAUCUAUUGUUCAUCUCCACCAGUAAGCAGCUAAAUCCAUCACUGUCAUCAGGGUUCUCCAGCUACUUUUCUUACGGGGAUCUCUCAGCCUCCGUCCAUCAACCCGACGACUUUGGCUGUGUUUGUGAAUGUAUGGCGAGGCCUGAGCGGCGACGGGGGAAAGGCGGUGAGCGCGAACCCUCAGAACCGAGUGAAAACACGUUUUCACUGGAAAAACGCUGGGAGGCGGGCGGCCCAGGGACCCGGUCCAAACGUCGGCUUCCAGUUGUCACAUGUAAUGCGAGUGAGAGGAAAAGCAACAACAUGUGCUCCUCGGGAGGACGACCAGGCCGCGUCUCCUGCGAUGGAGUCAAGGCCACUGGCAGAUCCCCGCUGGCUGCGGCCCUGAUCCUCCACCUGAAAGUUUCCUACGACGACUUGAUGCUUUCGUACGUUUCUCCAAGGACUUGUUGUGCUUCUCGCUCCCCGGGCGGAGCUGCAGCUGAGUGUAACGUGUAGACUGUGUGACCCCCCCCCUCAUCCGUUAGCUGUAGACCGCUAAACCGGCUCCUGUCAGCGUCGUGCAUCAUGCCUUUCACAGUUUUCAUCUUCUAUUUUUUACAUGCGUGCUUUUUACGUGUCUGGAUGCAGUUUCGUGUCCUCGUCCUCCAUCCGCCAGCUGGACAAGCAGCUCCUGUCAUGUUAGCGUAGCGUAGCGCUAAUAGCGCUUGUGUGUUAGCGUUGAAUCGCGCGUGAUUCAAGCGGUCCAACAUGUGAGGAUGUUGUUUUUUACUGAUAAUUGUUUCAGCAUUGUGAACAGUGCUAUCACAUUGUGCAGCUGUGUAACUACUGUAAAGAAAUAAAAGGUGUGGAAAGAAUAAAAUGUU